UCAAUCCUCCAAUACCAUGCAUGCUAUGUAAGCAACUCUAGCUCUCAACCUCUCCUUUUCAGCUGCUUUGCUUCUAUACAUAGUUCCAUUUAAAUUUUUACAAAGCAAGCAUUUUUAUACACUUUAAUUUCCAAUUUUAACCUUGGGUUUUGGAGAAAAUGGCUUUAUCAGCCGAUGGCCGGAUUACCUUGUCAGCUGCCGGCCAAUUGAGUGGCGCCACGGCAUCAUUGGCAGGGAAGAGGCUAGUGAAGUUCUGCAAUGGAGAGUUGAUGGGAAAGAAGCUGAAGGGUGUCAAGGGCAAUGUUAGACCACAUGUGUGCAUGACUCUCACUACUAAUGUUGCUGGUGAGGCUAAGUUGAGAGACCUAGAGAUGGAGAAAAGGGACCCAAGAACAGUCGCGGCGAUUAUACUGGGAGGUGGAGCCGGUAUUCGUCUUUUCCCUCUCACUAAAUGCAGUGCCAAGCCUGCUGUCCCUAUCGGAGGAUCAUACCGUUUGAUUGAUGUGCCAAUGAGUAAUUCCAUCAAUAGUGGAAUCAACAGAGUCUACAUUCUCACUUAGUUCAACUCCGCAUUGCUCAAUAGGCAUUUGACACGCGCCUACAACCUUGGAGCUGGUGUCACCUUUGGAGAUGGCUAUGUCAAGUUAUGUUAUUUCUAGUCAACGUCACAAUUUUAUAUAGAACGUGUUGUAUGAUGAUCUUUUGUAAGUUGAUAUGUGAUUGAUUGGUUAAAUUGAAAAUUGUUCUGUUCUGUGACAUGCUCUGGCAGCGACUCAGACUCCGGGUAAGGAGGGUAAAAGGUGGUUCCAAGGUACAGCUAACACAGUGAGGCAGUUUCAUUGGCUUUUUGAGGUACUGGCUAAGUGUUUCUAUUCCAGUUUCAAUUGGAAUAUGAUUUCCAUCAUGUAGGAUGAAAGAAGCAAAGACGUUGAAGAUGUGGUCAUUUUAUCUGGAGAUCACUUGUAUAGAAUGGACUAUAUGGACUUUGUUCAAAAUCAUCGUCAAAGCGGUGCUGAUAUCACUCUUUCUUGUCUGCCUAUGGAUUACAGCUUGGUUAUUGUUUUCUCACAACUUGGCUUCCCAAGUGGUUUCAACUCUAUAAUUAUAUAUUGACUCAAUAAGCAUGAUCCUGAGGCCUUUGAGGUUCAAAAUGUUCCCCUUGGUUUUCAUUUUAGCCGCGCUUCAGAUUUUGGUUUGAUGAAGAUAGACGGCAAAGGAAGGGUCAUGUCAUUCAGCGAAAAGCCCAAAGGAGAUGAUUUGAAGGCAAUGGCAGUAGAUACAACAGUUUUGGGACUCGAGAGAGAAGAGGCUGAAAAGAAACCAUACAUUGCUUCCAUGGGAGUGUGGCGAUUCCCAACUGCAAAUGACUUCGGGCCAGAGAUAAUCCCUGCCUCAGCCAAAGAGUUCCUCAUAAAGGCAUAUUUAUUUAACGACUACUGGGAAGACAUUGGCACAAUUAGAUCCUUUUUUGAAGCAAACCUUGCUCUUACUGCACAUCCCCGAGAUUUAGUUUCUAUGAAGCCAAUGUAUACAUCAAGAAGAAAUUUACCACCAACAACGAUUGACAAUAUCAAGGACACGGUGAUGCUUGGUGCAGACGACUACGAACCCAAUGCUGAAAUUGUAGCAAUGUUAGCUGAGGGAAGAGUUCCGAUUGGAAUAGGAGAAAAUACAAGAAUCAAAGACUGCAUCAUUGACAAGAAUGCUAGAAUCGGGAAGAAUUUUGUUAUUGCAAACUCAGAGGAAUGUUUCUUCAAAUAAUUUGUUGUGGAAAAUAUAGGAAAGACUAAUGAUUUCAAGAUAAAAAUGGUGGUCCAGGCCUUCGAAACUCUUCCUUUGGUUGUCAAGAAAAUGAAGAAGAAGAAAAGAAAAUUUCAAGAUUCCACAACUAAUUUUGUGUUUUUGUUUUGUUUUUAUAUGAAUUUGCAGGGCAUACAAGAGGCUGAUAGAUCCUCGGAAGGGUUUUAUAUCCGUUCAGGUAUUAGCAUCAUAUUGAAAAACUCAACAAUCAAAGAUGGAGUUGUGAUAUGAUGAGCAUCAUCAUCAUUUUCUCUUUGUUUGUAAUUUUUUUCUUUUGCUCAAUUUAGAGUGGGAAAUGAGGUUUAGUGAGAUGCGUGCAUUGUGUCUGACAAUGGCACCAAAGUUGUAAAGAACUUGAAAUACUAUCAACUACACUAAUAUGCAUAUAUCCCUUCUUGUUUUGUAUUAAUGCAAAUUGUCAUUUUAUACCCA